AGGAGUUCUUCCACACCUGCACCUAGGAACUGGAAUCUCAACGUCGUAGCAACCACCAAAUUUGUACUGAACUUGAAUACCCAGCAAAUUCCUCAGCUUUACAGCACAGAGAGGGGAUGGAGUUGAAUGAAAACAUCCUCAGGCGGCAAUUGGUAGAUGUCCAUGGUGUACCCUUGUUUUGGAGCAUUGCAGAGGAGUGGGCCCAGGUGGAGACUUUCCAGGCCAAGCAAGAUGACCUUCUCAUCGCCACCUACCCAAAAUCAGGCACUACCUGGGUCAGUGAAAUUGUGGACAUGCUUUAUAAUGAUGGGGAUGUGGAAAAGUGUAAACGAGAUACCAUCUUCAAUCGUGUUCCUUUCAUGGAGCUCAUCAUCCCUGGAAAGGCAAAUGGUGUAGCCCAGCUGAUCAAAAUGCCUUCGCCUCGAUUAGUUAAGACUCACCUCCCAGUGCAACUUCUCCCCAAGACCUUUUGGGAAAGUGGCUGCAAGAUAAUUUAUGUGGCCAGGAAUGCCAAGGAUGUAGCUGUGUCUUAUUACUACUUCUACCAGAUGGCAAAGAUGCACCCAGAACCUGGCACUUGGGAUGAGUUCCUGGAGAAAUUUGUGGCAGGGGAAGUGGCUUUUGGAUCCUGGUAUGAUCAUGUAAAAGGCUGGUGGGAGAAGAAAAAGAGCCAUCCAAUACUGUACCUCUUCUAUGAAGAUAUGAAAGAGGACCCCAAACGUGAACUGGAAAAAGUGACUCAGUUUCUGGGAAAGGAAGUGUCAGAGGAAGUGGUGGACAGGAUCCUUCACCACACGUCAUUCCAGGAGAUGCAGAAGAAUCCCACCUCAAACUAUAAAAUGAUGCCAACUUCUGACAUGGACCACAGUGUAUCGCCCUUCAUGAGAAAGGGUAUUGCAGGUGACUGGAAGAACCACUUCACUGUAGCUCAGAAUGAAAGAUUUGAUGAAGAAUAUGCAGAGAAAAUGAAGGAAUCCACCUUGCUUUUUCGAAUGGAGAUCUAAGGGAUGAACGCUUUCCAGA